UUCUAUGGUGUAGUCAAAUUGUUUAAAAUAGCGUCCAAAGAUAUUUGCUACUAAUGUAAAUCAAAUUUAAAUGUUAUAGGAAGAGAGAGUAAAAGAGAAACGUGAUUUCGUGUAGUGGCAGUGAUGUAGUUCCUUUUAUAUGACUAGGGGAGAAAGAGACAUUACCAGUGGUUAGUGAAACAAGUGUGGAUUGCGGGUAUCUCGGAAUGUGGCAUAAUCAGGCUGUGUUAUGAAUGAGGAAGCACUUUUGUCACGAGCUUCCGAGGAGCGGGAGCUCAUCUUCGAGCGAUAUGAACGGGGACGAGAAAAUCUCGUCGGCCAAAUAGACCCCUGGGAGGAUCCUGAAUUCGAAGAAUACCAUAAAACUGAUAGAUAUGGCUUUAUUCAUGAUGAACGUUUACCCCAAAAAACGGCACCACAAAAAGUUAAUGCCGAAGUGGAGAGAGAGAAGAAGUGGAUCAAGAUGCUCUCUCAAUGGGACUCUCCGUCGACAAAGGAAAAAUUACACAGAAGGAUAUAUAAAGGCAUUCCAUUAUCUUUACGAAUGAAUGUAUGGAGUAAAUUAUUGGAUAUCAAUAGAAUAAAAUCGGAGAAUAUUGGAAAAUAUCAAAAAAUGCUUAAAUUAGCCAAGGCCUGGUCAACAGAUGUUAGACAGAUUGAUUCUGAUGUAAAUAGACAAUUUCGAGAACAUCAAUUUUACAGAGAAAGAUAUUCAGAAAAGCAAUGCUCUUUAUUUAAUGUGCUAUGUGCAUACAGCAUGUUUAAUUCCGAAGUUGGUUACUGCCAAGGUAUGUCAGGGUUGGCUGGAGUAUUAUUAAUGUAUAUGGAUGAAGAAGAUGCAUUUUGGGCACUUGCAGUUCUCUUAACUGACAAGAGGUAUGCCAUGCACGGCCUUUACAUCGAAGGUUUUCCUAAGUUAACCAGAUUUUUGGAACACCAUGACAAAAUUCUCACAAAAUUUAUGCCUAAACUGAAACAACAUUUUGAUAAGUUUGGCUUGGAUGCAAUACUUUACUCUCUCAAAUGGUUCUUUGUAUGUUUCGUAGAGCGAGUACCAUUUAGCUUAUGUUUGAGAGUUUGGGAUAUUUAUCUCCUUGAUGGUGAAAGAGUGAUAACUGCAAUGGCUUAUACAAUAUUGAAACUGCAUAAAAAGACAAUAAUGAAGUUAAAUGAUAUGGAUUUAAUUGUUAAUUAUAUUCAAGUGAAGUUGCACAAAGAUUUUGGCUAUGAAGAUGAUGUUGUGAUAUACCACUUGGAGCGAUCUAUGGAAGAAUUAAAGCGGGCUAAGCUAGAUUAUCCAGGACAGCCGCCUCCUAGUGAAUUACCAAAGCGAUCACUUGGUAUGUUUGUGGAGCCUGACAAGAGAUCAAAAAUUGGACAGCGUGCUGAAAAUUUUUCAGAGAGAGAGAAACAGGCACGAGCGGCAGUUAUAUCAAGACGUGAAAAGGCGGAAUUGGAUUUACAAGUAUUACGAGCAUCCCAGAGUGACACAGUGUCAGUUGUGACCUCGGCAGAGCACAGUGAGGUGGCUAGCGGGGCGCGGUGCGACUCUGUCUCUGGCCUGGGCUCUCGGCGGUCGUUGGCCGACACAAGUGUGACAAGCACCGCCGACCUCAGUGUCUUCUCCAGCGGACGGUCCCACGCGCCCGACAACUCUCUCGACACCCACAGCAUCGUCAGCGACGACGGCACAGGGUCAGAUGGGAGUGGUUUGCGACACUGGCGACGCUUUGAACCAGACACAUAUGCGUCACAGGCGCAACCUCUGUUAUAUAGGUCUGGGAUAUGCGGCAUGAGCAUCCAAAGAGCGCCUUCAACCGCACACUCUACACCACGAGGUACUCCUCACCCGCCAUCAGUGUCACCGAUGUCCGACGAUGUUGUUCGUAUUCACGUCACAUAUAACCCUUUGUCUGCUAGCCCUUCGCAUCUCCAACCCAUCAGUCCUUCGAAAAUGAAGAACUACAAUGAAAUACACCACAAACCAGUCUCCCUAGGCUUCUAUACAAGCAAUGGCAACAAUAGAUCAACGGACAAUAGAAUCCGAAUACAAGUACCUUCAGAGGAACUACUCACACCUGUAGUGGAUUCAGGAAGAAUUAUAAAUCAACGUUACAUUGAAUCUCAUACGGAAUUGUACGAUCUUAAAUAAGUGUUUAUACAUCUAUGUAUAUUUCCAUUA